AUGGACUCUACUACACCCUUACUUACUGCGGACAAUCAUCGCAGAGCUGGAGGCCAAUUGAGGGCCGAUAUCGAUGCGGAUGCCGAUCAAACCACUUGGGAAACAGCCAAGAUGGACUUACACUAUGUUAUUUAUUCAUCUCCUUUAAACAUUCUAUUAUUGAUUGUUCCCCUGGGGAUUUUUUUUGGGUUCAUGGAAUUAUCACACACAUGGACUUUUGUUUUUAAUUUCUUAGCUAUCAUUCCCUUAGCGGCCAUUCUAGCCUAUGCCACGGAGGAAUUGGCGGACAAGGCUGGUAGUACCGUUGGUGGGUUGUUGAAUGCUACAUUUGGUAAUGCUGUGGAGUUGAUUGUUUCCAUCAUUGCCUUGAAAGAGGGUCAAGUUCGUAUUGUUCAAGCUUCCAUGCUGGGUAGUUUACUUUCUAAUUUGUUGCUAGUGCUUGGGUUUUGUUUCAUCUUUGGUGGGUACAAUAGAGUGCAACAAAGAUUUAAUCAAACAGCUGCUCAAACAAUGUCAUCCUUAUUGGCCAUUUCAUGUGCAUCGCUUUUGAUCCCUGCUGCAUUUAGAGCCACUUUACCAAGUGGGAAAUCUGCCAGUGGGAUUGUGGAUGAGAAGAUUCUUGAAUUAUCCAGAGGUACAUCCAUUAUCUUGUUGAUUAUCUAUCUAUUAUUCUUGGUUUUCCAAUUGGGAUCACACCAUGAAUUAUUUGAACAGCAAAUGGAGGAGACUGACGAAAUUAUGAGUCAAUAUUCCAAUAAACCUGCUCAUACAUUGAGUAUCAGAUCAUCAUUAUGCUUCCUAUUGAGUGCUACGGUUAUCAUUUCCCUAUGUGCCGAUUACUUGGUGGGGACUAUUGAUAACGUUGUGGAAUCUACGGGUUUAUCCAAGACAUUUAUUGGGUUGAUUGUUAUUCCUAUUGUGGGUAAUGCUGCAGAGCAUGUUACCUCUGUGUUGGUGGCAAUGAAGGACAAGAUGGACCUAGCAUUAAGUGUUGCCAUUGGGUCCUCAUUACAAAUUUCAUUAUUCGUGACUCCUUUCAUGGUUCUUGUGGGGUGGAUGAUUAACGUCCCCAUGACUUUAAACUUCUCUACAUUCGAGACCACGACGCUUUUUAUCGCCGUGUUUCUAUCAAACUACUUAAUCCUUGACGGGGAGUCCAACUGGUUAGAGGGGGUUAUGUCGCUGGCCAUGUACCUAUUGAUUGCAAUGGCAUUUUUCUACUACCCCGACAUCGAGACCUUUGGUAAGGUUCCUGCGUAG